UAAAUUAUGAAUGAAUAAUUGGAAAUCAAUGCGAUUAACAGCAAUAAGCACAAAUAAAUGCUCACCCGUGGGGGUCGGGAAUACCAUUUUGUCAGACAUCGGAAAUGCCACUAUAUUCCCGACUCUCGGCAAUAAGAAUAUUAUAAAACAUCCCGUUUGAUGCCUUGAGCAAUGAAACAAUUACCACCUAAAUCAUUUGCCUCCCAUGUUCAAAAUGGCAACGCCAAUUCUCGGAAGACCUCUAUACCAAAGAGAUGCCUCUAUCCACAGACUCAUGACGAAAAUCAUUUCCUGCCAGUCUAUUCAAUCUAUCACAGAAGCCGAGAGAUCACUAUUCAAAUCAUCGGAUGAUACAGACCAUGUUAUCACAACAGAAGAAACAAUAUUCCAUCCUCAAGGAGGGGGACAACCCAGCGACAUCGGCCAGAUGAAAUCAGAGCAAACCGACCUUUUAUUCAACGUGAAGCUUGUCCGGAAGACACCCGAAAAUCAAAUAUAUCACCUUGGAUCUUUCGCAGAUGCAACGACACCAUUCCAAAAAGGCGACUCGAUCGUCCAAAACAUCGACACGGUACAACGAAACUAUCAUUCUCGCUACCACACCGCCGGACACAUCCUCGGACUCGCAGUGAAACAACUACGCCCUCAAGUCGGAGAAGUAUCAGAAAUCAAAGCCAACCACGCCCCGGGAAUGGCAUUUGUUGAAUUCCGCGGCUUGAUUGGCGGCGAACACAAGGGCAUCAUCCAGGAAAGAGCGACAGAGUUGGUGAAGCGGAAUCUUGCAGUCACGGUUGACUGGUGGAAUGAGGAAAAGGCAAAGUCCCACUGUGUCGCGCUGCCCGAGGGCUUUUCUGUUCCUGAUGAAGGCGAUAUUCGCGUUGUGGAUGUUGAAGGUGCGGGUGCUUAUCCGUGUGGAGGGACGCAUUUGCCGGGGACUUGCGAUAUUGGGGGGAUUGUGGUGAGAAGGAUCAGUAGACAGAAGGGGGUUACGAAGAUUUCGUAUGAGAUUACAGAUGUUUGAUCCAGUAGUCUUCAUCGCUUCUAUAAGUGUAGACUAAAGGUAGAAGCAUUGGCUUAUGCAUACAUGUAUACCUCUUCAGUACAUGUAAUAUCAACGUGACUGGUAUUUAAGCGCAUACGAUCUGUCAUGCCCCUGCCCAAUGGGAAUAUCUAUGAAAGUCAGAUUUUAAUCGUCAUUUUGAAAGAUGUUUCAUGUGCAUCCUACGACCUCGAGAUGAUGUAGUGAUGUUGUCCAUAUCACAAACUUUUAUAUUGAUAAUUUCUAAAUCAAGGCAGAUUAUCAUUAUCAUUAAAUCACUCCGA